GUAAAACAGAUAAAACAGGUAAACCAACUUUCAACCGGAGAUGGAGCAACAUACAACGACAAUCGUCAGGGGAAACAUAGUCGAGAUGUGGAUGAUGAUGAAAAAAAGACGGGUACUGAAGGAGCUACAAUUCCGGCAAAAAAGCGCAAAACUAAAUCUGAAAAAAGAACGAGAAGUGGGAGAGUAAUUGUACCGAAUUAUCGUGGAUUACUUACAGAUACGGAUGUUGGAACUUCCUCCGAAAAAACUACAUACACAGAUGAAGACUCCUCUCAAGAAAACGAAGAGGAAGCAACGACCGAGAAUUCUUUCGAAAAUCGCUCCCAAGGAAAUGAUGAGAAGAGAACUAUUCAAGAUAAUAUUAUAACAGACAUCUUAGGAAAUACUGAACUCUCAGACGCAUCAAAAAAGAUUUUUACGAUUUAUAAAGCGCAAUACCCUGAUG